AGAACCGGGACCACUGGGACCACCGGGACCACCGCCCUGCUCCGCUACUGCUGAUGCCGCCAUUACGUUACCUGAGCACAUGAAGGCAGCGCGGAGCGUCAUCUGCGUCAUCGUGCUCCAACAUGGCGGCGGCGCUGCCCGGGAGAUGUGGCCUCUUCCUGGAGAAGAAGAAACGGUUCUGUAAGAUGAUCGUCGCGAGAGGAAAAGUGUUCUGUGGAGAGCACGCGACCAUGGAGGGAAGCAGCAGCAGGAUUCCCUGUCCUCUGGACCCCAAACACACUGUGAGUGAAGACAAACUGCAGCAGCACCUGAAGAAGUGUAACUCCAGAGAGAAAGCAAAGCCUGUUUAUUAUGUGGAGAACAUCAACUCUGGAUCAGCUGAUGGAGAAACGCUGCAACAGGUGAGUCUGUGCGAGCGCAGCCGGGCCGAGCUGGACGCUCUGCUGGACCAACUGAAGACGGCCGUCUCAGGACUGCAGUGGGACGUGGACGACAGCGUUCUGUCUCACCCGAUCCUUCAGGAGGAACUCGACAACCCAAAGAACGGAGACUCCGCCCACAAACACCUGAAGCAACAGUCCUCUCUCUUAGGUCACCUGGAGGCGCUGGGGCUGCUGGGAAGGGGGCGGUGCUUCGUGGAGUUCGGAGCAGGUCGAGGUAAACUAUCUCACUGGAUCCACGAAGCCCUGAAGACCAGAGACCACCUGGAGACCAGAGACCACCUGGAGACCGGUCAGGACCUGCAGCUGCUGCUGGUGGAGCGCUGCAGCACCCGCUUCAAGGUGGAUGGGAAACAUCAGGAUCCUGGAGUUCAGUUUGAAAGGCUGCAGGUCGACAUUCAGCAUCUGGAUUUAUGUAAAGUCCAGCUGCUCAGACAGAAGAAUCUUCCGCUGAUUGGAGUUGGGAAACACCUGUGUGGAGCAGCGACAGAUCUGGCUCUGCGCUGUCUGUUGGGAACACGAGGACCCGGAGAGGAGGGGGAACCACCACCAAAACGCCUCAAAACCGCAGAACCAGAAGCCCUGCCAGAAGCUAGUCCACGUCCAGACUCUGGUCCAGACUCUGGUCCAGGUCCAGACUCUGGUCCUGGUCCGGUGCUGGGCCUGGUGCUGGCGCUGUGCUGCCACCACCGCUGUGAGUGGCAGCACUACGUGGGGCAGCAGUUCUUCCUGCAGAACGGACUCGGAGCUGCCGAGUUCUCGGCCUUCUGCCGGAUGUCCAGCUGGGCCACGUGUGGACUCAGACCGGCCAAUCGGAAGCCUGCAUCUGGGGGCGGGGCCAAUCAGAGAAGAGACGAUGAAGAGCACGAAGCGCCGGACAACGGGGACGCAGUGAGCGGCAGCUUCCUGUCGGCCGGCGAGCGCCAGCAGCUCGGACGACUUUGUAAGCGCCUGAUCGACGGCGGCAGGGUUCACUUCCUGAAGGCCCAAGGGUUCCACGGCAGGCUGAGCCGCUACGUGGGCCGAGAGGUCACUCCGGAGAACGUGUUGCUGACCGCCGUCCCCUCCAGCUGACUGGAGAACGUCUGACUAGAGAACGUCUCCAGGUUCUAGGGACUGAACUCUGAUUCAAGACGCACAAACUCAACAAAAGGAUUUUAAUUUGUGAUUGAAGUGAAAUGUUUGAUUAGUUUGUAUAAAUGUUUUUUGUCAACAUGUCUUUAAUAAUUUGAUACCGAACAGUCAAAAUAAAUAAAUCACAAACCAUCAUCUAACGAAACAUUUAGUUCUAUAUGAACACAUGAAUAUAUGAAUACGUCUUUUAAAUUGGUCACUGAGUCGUGUUUCAAUAAAAAAACAUUAGAUUCA